GCCUCCAAGCUCUGAUGUUCCCAAACCACAAAUCUCCAAAAAAUGAAGCUAAAAAAAUUCCUCUCGAUUCCAGUCUUUUCCGCGUUUUUCAUGAUGGGUUUCGUUUAUUAUAUCACGGUUUUCAUCUUCAUCGAAGAUUGGGCUGGUUUGCAGACCUCAGCUGGUUCAUUAAACAACACAAUCUUCACUUUCGUGGCUUCUCUCUGUCUCUUAUCUUUCCUCGUUGCUGUUCUUACUGAUCCAGGCUGUGUUCCCUUGUCUUAUAUCCCUGAUGUUGAAGAUACUUCUUUUGCAUCAGAUCAAGAACCAAAGAAAAAUGUUCUACAAUCGAAAUACUGUGACAAAUGUGCUGCAUAUAAACCCCGGAGGACUCAUCAUUGCCGGGUUUGCAAAAGAUGCAUACUAAGGAUGGAUCAUCAUUGCCUGUGGAUAAAUAAUUGUGUUGGUUAUCGGAACUAUAAAGCUUUCUUCGAUCUUAUACUUUAUGCCACCAUUGGUAGCAUCCACUCAACAGUAAUUGUAAUAAGUUGUACCCGUCAGAAGGAUUGGAGUAACAGCGGAACUCCCCUCAAAUUUUUUUAUCUUGCUUGUGGAGUAAUGACGCUUGCGCUAUCAGUAACAGUCGGGACUCUCUUAGGCUGGCAUAUCUACCUUAUAACUCACAAUAUGACAACCAUAGAGUAUUACGAAGGAAUACGAGCCGCAUGGUUGGCGAAGAAAUCUGGGCUCGGCUAUCGCCAUCCAUUCGAUCUUAGUGUUUACAAAAACAUUACCUUGGUAUUGGGUCCCAACGCACUAAAAUGGUUUUGUCCGAUAUCGACUAGCCAUCUGAAGGACGGAGUUAGCUUCCCUACUUUGCGUGAUAGUUCGUAGAUGUUUUCGGCUUCCAACCGAGUCAUUGCAGUAAAAUCACCUCAUUUCGUCACAUUGUUUAGAAGGAGAAAGGAUGGCUUCAAUAGUUAAAAUGGUCAGCCAUAGAUGUAUGCUUUUCCAUUUUUGUUCUU